AGAGAGAGAGAGGAAGGUUUGUGCAGGCUGGAAGGGAAGGGAGAACAGCUCGUGACAGAGGGAGAAAGGGAGAGAUGGGACAGCCAGAGAGAGGAGAGAGGGACUGAGUGGAGGCUGAGGGGUCCAGUCCUGGCAGAUUGGAGUGAGCAGUCGGGAAGGAAAGGGAGAAGGGUUUGGGGGGGGCUAAAAUAAGAGUGCCAAAGAAGCAAAGGGAGAACCCAGAUACACUGUGAAGAAAAGAGAGUGGGUCCCUUUGAAAAGAAAUAUAAGGAAGGAGAGCAGGUCCUUGGGAUAACCGGAUAACUGACAUAAAAAACAAGAGAAGAGUACUACCGUAUCUAUGGGAUGCGUUCACAGUACCCAGCGUCACAAUGGAAAGAGAUGCGUUCCAGAACCUGAUGGAUCCACAAAAGUAGUGGUCCACGGUGUCCCUGUUGAAAUCCUGCAGCUGGCUGAGAUUGAAGCAAUGAGGAAAGCAAAGAUAAGGCGUUUGAUGCAAAGGAAAACAGUGCUGCUUUCAGAAUCAGAUGAUGACAUCACAGAUGACAGUUCGGAUGACGAACCCUUGGUUAAGAUGAUGACCAGGAAGCCAUCAAAUGAGGAGCUGAAAACAACAGUGAAGAAACUGGUGGCCCAUGUCGACCUGGAGAAAGUCACAAUGAAGGACAUUUUCAAGAAGGUUUUUAAAAUGUACCCUCGUCAUGACCUGUCAAACAAGAAGUCCUACAUCAAGGAGACAGUGAAAAAGUUGUUGUCGCAGUGAAGUCUGGAGUUCUUUGCUAAUCGCCACCUUCCAUGGGGCGGCAGGUAGCCUAGUGGUUAGCAUUGGGCCAGUAACCAAAAAGGUUUCUGGAUCGAAUC